AUGCAAGAAUUGCUUCCCAUUUUGGAUGAUGCAAAAAAAUUGUUUCUAUCAGAAUCAACUCUCCUGGAAGUUGAUGUGCCGUGUGUUGUGAUCGGUGAUAUCCAUGGACAGUACGAAGAUUUGCACCGAAUGUUUUCGGUUCUUGGCAGAGGUCGGAAAAGCGGCGCUGUGAAACGACGUUUUGUAUUUCUCGGUGAUUACGUUGAUCGUGGGAUGAACUCAUUGGAAACAAUUUGCUGCCUUUUAGCGCACAAAUUAAUGUUUCCAAAGAUGUUCAAUAUGCUACGUGGGAAUCACGAAUCAUCAGAUAUUAACCAAACAUAUGGCUUUCAAGUAGAGCUUGAGCGAAAAUUUCCAACAAAUAAUGAAGGUUUUAUAUUAUGGAAUGCAUUUAAUGAAUUAUUUGCUUGCUUACCACUCGCAGCUAUAAUUCAUAAUAAAAUAUUUUGUAUGCACGGAGGUAUCGGACCAGAAUUGAAAUGUUUGAAUGAUGUUAAAAAGAUCAAACGUCCAAUUUCUGAUCCAACAGAAUCACCUCUGGCAUGUAGUCUGUUAUGGUCUGAUCCUAUGCUUGACUUGAAAGGUUUCAUUAAAAAUUCAAUUCGUGGAGCCGGCUAUUUCUUUGGUGAAGAUACUGUAAUUGCUUGUUGUCAACAACUAAAUAUCGAUCUCAUUGUCCGGGCACAUCAGAUGAUAAUGAAUGGUUAUGGUUUCUUUUGUAAACGACGAUUAGUUUCGGUCUUUUCAGCGCCACGUUAUCUUUUAUCAAAGAAUAAUAAAUGUGCUAUAAUGCAAGUGGAGAAAGAUUUAAGAGUUGGCUUCAUAUUACUUUGCCCGGUGACGCCUGAAACACAAGGACAAGAACAUUUCCGAAAUUUUUUCACAAAAAAUAAUGACAGUUCAUCAUUUGCUUCACGAAAAGCUGUAGCAGAAGUAGUAAACAAUUACUAUAAUGAAACUCUGAUAUCGGGAUGUGUGAAUGUUGAUACUGAAACGCAAACAUUUUUCCGCGAUCAGGCCUAUUGCUAUGAAAAAAGUGAAUACACGAUCUGUGGAUGUACUAUCUUAGAUCGGUGUAAUAGUCCUCAGGCACCAUUUUCUAUGUUCACUUUCAUUACCACACCUUUUUUCGAAGACUGUCAAUUUGUGCCAAAGAAUGGCAAUAAUGAUUGCAGUCCAUUCCAAUAUAAUAUCACUUUGGAAGAAAAUAAUUCUGAAAUGAAAUUAUCACUCAAAGCAGAACCUAAAGAAUAUGGAAGAAAUAUUAACAUUAUCGAAAUAACAGCGGAAAAUGUUGGCACUGAUGGGUCAUCGGUCAUAAUGAAGUCGACAACAUUUCAUCCAACGGUCAGUCAUUCCAUGAAGAGCACCCAAUCGAUCAGUGAUGAAAGUGGACAUUAUGGCGGUAUGUUCGCUUUGCACUUUUUCUUCGUUAAUUUUGGUAAUUUGGGUAAAUGCAACUGCAAAUAUUUUCUGAGAGCAGAUAAGCAUGAACAAACCAAAAAGUUAAAUUUGAUAAGAUAG